AUGGUGCAUCGUUACGAGACCUGCCUUUCUCCUGCUGCUCGAUACGAUCCAGAUCAACCCAGCUGCAAGCGAAGAGGACGUUUAUCUGUAUGGUCCCGGUCGAUUGUGGCGUUCGACCAAGUGGCGUUCGAGAAAACCUGCAAGACGAGCACGACGUCUAGACAAUUGAGCGAUAAUGAGCCUUGCUUGGAGGACAGCGGCGGUGCUAGCCCGCAAGGUAACGCCCCCCAGGUGGAAGAGGCGUCUGAUGCUAUGGUUGGCGGUUUAAAAGAUGGCCUGUUCGACUUCGGACAGGUUCAAGAAACCGUCGAUCGGCGUCACCUGACACACGGUAUCCUGGGGGCCCUAAUAGCAGCGGUUGACGACUCCAGAGCUCGAGAACUGUACAACCGGUUGCGGGAUGUCUACAAUCCGUUUCGCCCCUCUGCCUCUCUGCCAGCGCCCCCGUUGGAGGAGUGGCGUGGGAUAUCUGCAUUCUGCGAUCGUUUCCAGUGCAGGUGCGUUGGGGGGUUGACAUCCUGCUAUGGCACGUGCACAACGGUUUGUCUAUAG